GCGGCCCCCACCCCGCCCUCCCCCGAGGAGAAGGAGUUGAAGGGCAAGUCCUCUUGGCAGUGCAAGGUCUGCAGCUACGAGACCAACAUCUCCCGCAACCUCCGGAUCCACAUGACGUCGGAGAAGCACAUGCAGAACAUGCUCCUGCUUCACCAGGGGCUGCCCCUGGCCCUGCCCGGACUCCUGGGACAACCCCAGCCCUCGCAAGGAGGCAAGCCGCAGCCGGAGCUCUUCCAGUUCUACGGGGCCCAGGCCCUCGGCCACUCCCACCACCCCCACCCCCACCAUGCCCCCUCCAGGGCCAGCCCGGCUCUGCGGGGGGACAAGCCCAUGGAACAAACCCAGCUCUUACUCAAUGGAGGCUUCCCGCAACUCGGUACCCCCGGCAGGAAGAUGGCCACCUUGGGGUCAG